ACUGCAUCCGGUCACGGCAGCUGCUUGUCCACCAUAUUGGGGUCUGUGGCAACCGGAGCAGAGGCCUCGGCUGCUGAGCGCUCUCCCUGCGGCCCACCGAGGAGGGGGCCUGUGCCCGGGAGUUGCGGGGGCAGCGGCGGGGCGGCGGGCUGGAUCCGGCUCCAGACUCCGCUGCAGCCGCUGGGCUCUGACUCGGCGGAGGAGAUCGCGGGACAGGACACUUCUCAGAGAUUUGGCUACAAGCUUGGACUGUGGGGUGGGGAGGUGAGAAAGGGCUUCAAGCGAGAUCAUGGAGGAGAACGAGGAUGUGGGCUCCUUGGCGGCCUACAUUUCAACAGAUGGCAGCUACACAGAGACCGUGCCGAUGCCGAAUCAUGGCACAAUGACUGCCUCUUCACAAGGCUCCUCCUCUGCCACGAAAUCGAGGCGGCAACCUGUUUGGACUGAUGAGGAGACCCGGGCCUUCAUCCAGGUGUGGGGUGAUGAUGCUGUCCAGAGUGCGCUGGCCUCCAACUAUCGCACAGUUGCCCAGUUCCAGUGGAUAGCAGAUGAGAUGCGAGCCCGGGGCUACAACAGGGAUUGGGAGCAGUGCCGCGAACGGGCCAAGGUGCUUCGCCGUGGCUUCAAAGAGAUUGUGGAUGGGAACAGUAAUGCUGGUCACGGGCGGCGUGUGUGGCCGUAUUAUGAGGAACUCAACCGAUUUCUUUGCAUCAAGCAAAACCUGGUCGUUCCGCGGCUGUCAGGGAGCAAUGCGAGGCCGCCCGUGGACCGCCGACGCCGGGAGCACAGGGAAACGCAGGAUGCCUAUGAGCCCCCUCUGUCAGUAGGAAAGAGUGACAAAGGGACUUUCGAGGAGCCCGAUGGCGACUGCUUACUGUUGCCUGAGUCUGCUGGAUCACAGCAGAGUGAAGCCAACCUGGAAAACCAAGUGGCCUCUCCAGCAGCCAACUCUGAUCUGUCCAUGGAUGGGAGUGCUGGUCCAGGCACUCCCACUGAUCCUUUGCCAUCCAAUGAUUCCAUUUCUGCACCCAACCUGCGCCCUCGGCCUUUGACUGCCGCUGAGAGGAUGCGGAACCUCCGCUGUCGGCAGAGAAAGAGGAGAGGGGACACCUUGAAGGAACUCAUGGAGGUCACGUCUCAGGCCACCAGUGAACUUGUUCGGACACUGUCUGACCUCACGCACAAAGAGGUGGCUUCUUUUGAGCGUGCUUACAAGGAGGAUCUUGCCGCCCGCAAAGAUGAGAUGGAGCAGAGUGCGGAGGACAUUGGCCGGCUUGUCAGCGCACUGGAAUCGAGCGAUCAAACUUUGAAGGAGCAGCUGAGCAGCCAGACGAGCGUCUUGCAGGGCAUACUGGAAGUCAUGAAGGACAUUCGGGGUAGAACGUCAUACAGUCCUCCGUACCCUUCUCAGUAUUACGACUUCCCGGGCCCCAGCAUGAUGCAUACGGGGGGCACCUCCUCCAACGGCCAAGAGAUGCCCUGCCCCUCUCCUUCCAGCCUUGCGUUCACUUCCCAGCAGUCUGCCACCAGCAACGGAGACGUCUCUCCCCGGAAGCGGAUGAAAUGAAACCAUGGAGAGACGGGGCAUAUUUAGUCUCAUUGUGAAAACCAUCCCUCCAGCUGUUCUUGUUAUGACAUAUAUUGCUUUUCUUAUUGCAUAGUUAGAAUGUGUUCUCACCACAUUAUGUGUGUCUCCCCACAGCAUUAAUGUUGUGGAAUGGCUGCCAGCAAUGUACAUUUAGAUUUAUUCUUAACUGGGUUUUUUUUAGUGUACUUGCGUUAGUUUUCCUUCCAUCCUGUUUCCAGAGGAAUGCAGUGUUUGAUGUACCAAGUGUAGAAGUUUUUUAAAAAAUACACUGAACACAUUACCAGGUACCUGUAAGAAGGUAAUCUUUUUAAAGUAAUAAAGCUGCACUGUUGUUCCAAAUUGUUCAA